AUGGCCUCCUUCCGUGCAUGGCGUGGUUUCCCACAACUCCUACUAUGUUUGUCAACGACGACAUCAGUGUCUUCUUUUCUCAAUGUUCCGGCGCCGCAAGCGAGAGGACUCGCUACCAGAAUGAUGUCACCAUCAAGAUCGGUUGCCACUAGUUUCUACAGUACCUCUUUGCACGCAUCUACCGCUGCAGAUGCGGGCACAUCCAAUGCCCCCACGUUAGACUUUGUCUCAUCAUUACCUUCCAUGGAAGACUACAAUUCUACGGUGAUCAUCGGGAAGAAAUCAUCAUUAGACAACCUUUUAAUGUCACAGUUGGUGGAAUUACUGGGACUGCAAGAUGAGAGCAAUAGCCCUAUAGUUGAAACAAUCCUAAAAUCCAUUGGCAAAAAGAAAGGAGGGUCUUCCUCAACUUUCUUGUCCAGUAACAACAAAGUACACAAACUUUCCAUUGGGGGGCUCCCCAGCGAACUGUCGAGACACAACCAUCCCAUGGCUGUACAUUCGUUGACUAGACUGGUGGGAUCGUUGGUCGGGACUAGCGGCAAGGGAAGCAAUACUCGUGUGGUAGUAUUGACAGACGACCACCCCAUCGGCCCUCUCGCUAUGGCGAUGGCCAAGGCUUUUCCUUUAUUCUCCAAAAAGUCCAAGACUCAAGCUUCUGGUGAUGACGAUGACGAGGCAUCUGACGAUAAGAAAAGGACCAUCAGCAUCGUCUUUUGCAAAUCUGAUGGUACCAUGGUCGAUGGCGAAGCCGAACUCAAAGCAGCUCAAGUUGCUGCUGCAGGUGUCCAAUUGGCGGCCCGCUUGGUCGAUUCUCAUCCUGCUCUCUUGACCACGUCUCAAUAUGCCAAGGAAAUCCAAUCGAUGGUCGACGAUUACAACAAGAGUGGCGACAAGCCCAAGGUAGAAAUGAAACAAAUCGUUGGAAAUGAUUUGAAACAGUACGGUGGACUGUAUGGAGUUGGUCAAGCGGCAAACUGUCCUCCGCGAUUGGUUCUACUGGAAUACGAUGGAACUAAUGGAUCUGCAGAUGCUGAGACAGUUGCCUUGGUCGGAAAGGGAAUCGUUUACGAUACUGGAGGCCUGUCCCUCAAGACUCGAGCUGGAAUGGCCGGAAUGAAACAUGAUAUGGGAGGCUCGGCUGGUGUCUUUGCUGGAUUUUGGAGCGCCGUGCAAUUGGGCGUUCCAAAAAAGGUUCACUGCAUUCUUUGCUUGGCCGAAAACGCCAUUGGUCCUGAUGCCUUUCGCAACGAUGACAUUCUGGAUAUGUAUAGUGGAAAGACAGUGGAAGUCAACAACUGCGAUGCCGAAGGUCGCCUGGUUCUAGCGGAUGGCGUCGCACAUGCCACAAAACACAUUGACGGAUUGGAUCUGGUAGUGGAUAUGGCAACGCUGACUGGAGCUCAGCUUGUGGCAACUGGUAAAAAGCAUGCUGGUAUUCUAGCAAAUACAGAAGAGCUUGAAAACAGGGCCAUGGCUGCAGGAAUGCACAGCGGUGAUUUGGUUUACCCCCUCCUUUACAGCCCAGAGCUCUUAAUGGACGAAUUUAAGUCAGAAGUCGCUGAUAUGAAGAAUAGUGUCAAGGACCGAUCCAAUGCCCAAACUUCCUGUGCAGGGCAUUUCAUUGAAGCACAUUUGGACAAGGACUAUAAGAACGGAUGGCUUCAUGUGGAUAUGGCAGGGCCUGGAACUAAUGGACAACGAGGAACCGGGUACGGAGUUGGUCUAGUUCUUAGCCUGCUGGAUGCACCAGGGUUUUAG